UUAUGAAGAAAAUACAAUCUUUUAUCAAUGAAAUCAAAAAUACUUAUUUUUUAGAGCAACUAUAAUAAUCUGUAAUUUCAAAUCUAAUCAACCCUUCCUUUAUACCGAACAAUAGGUAGUUCACUUCAUCUUAUAAUUAAUGA